AAUAAUGUUUAGUUUGUUUAAUUUAUUUCUUUAGUUAGCUAAAAACUGACAGGUACUUUUUAAUCACAUGGGGACAUAAUUAAAGGAGGGACCGGAAGAAAAUAUGCGGACAUGUGGACGAUGAACAUGCUACUUAUUUAGGGUUUGAUGUUGAGUUCGUAACAAAGUUAACCAGUUUAAAAUAAACACCAGUUCCUCUCAGAGUCACUGGUUUGGCGUCUGAAGUGAAUGAUGAAGAAGAAAUCAAAGCACAGUGGAGAACCACCAGCUGGAAGGCAGUCAGCUGACUAUGUGGUGGGUCAGGUCUCAGGAAGUCUGCUCCAGCAGAACUCCGCAGCCUCUGGGUCCUUGUCAGCUUUGUUCAGCUCCAUCAGACCAGGAGCAGCUCCUCUGUUUCAGUCUGCACCAAAGCCCGCUGAGCAGACUACAGAGAGAGAGGCGCUGCAGGAGGAGGUGAAACAUGAACUGAGGCAGAAGAAGAAAAAGCCGACCAGGAAGAGUUCAGAAGCUGACCGGAAGCUACAGAACAGGGAGGGGGGGUUACAGGAGGCAGAUGAGGAGGAGGAGGGCCAGAAGCACUCUGCUAAGAAGAAGAGAAAGUCUUCAGAGAUGGGCAGAGAGAAAGACACCGAGCACUGGGUGAUGAAGAGACAGAGGCUCAAGGCCCAGAAACACGAGGAAGCCUUGAAGAACAAGAGGACUGUGUUUGUUGGCAACCUGCCAAUCAGCUGCUCAGAAAAGACUCUCCGGGAGCUCUUCAGAGGUGGAGGAGCCAUCGAAUCUGUCCGUUUUCGCUCUGUGGUCCGAGAGGAUCCCACCAUGACUCGCAAAGUAGCCGUUAUCAAACGCAGAGUUCACCCUCAGAGGCAAAGCCUGAAUGCCUACGUGGUGUUCAAAGACCCUCAGGAUGUGGCUAAAGCUCUGGAGAGGAACGGGACGGAGAUCGAGAAGGACUUCCUGAUCCGGGUGGACAGGGUUGGUGCCGGCUCUGCGCACGACCACAAGCGCUCCGUCUUCGUGGGGAAUCUGUCGUUUGAGAUGAAGGAGUUUGUGUUCCGAAGGCAUUUUGAAAAGUGUGGAGCCAUAGAGGGGGUGCGGCUGGUGCGGGACAAGAGCUCCGGACUAGGGAAAGGAUUUGGAUACGUCCUGUUUAAGAGCGCCGACUCGGUGCAGCUGGCGCUGGAGCUGGACGGCUCGAAGCUAGAGGGUCGCUCCAUCCGUGUGAAGAGAUCGAUGAAGAAGGAGAAGCAGAAGAAAGCUCUCGUGAAAGGUGCACCUCAGGAGAAGAGGUGUGGUCGAGGAGGUUUCAGGUCUCCUAAGAGGCCCAGUGGAAACCAGAAGUCUAAGAGUCACGGCUCCUUUAAAGGAGAGGUGGCAGCGCCUAAUAAAAAGACGAGUAAAAAGAAAGGACUGAAGAAGAGAGAGAAGGUGAGCAGGGCUGUUCACCUGUGAGUCUUCUGAUCCCCACAGAAGAUCAGUCUGAACAUCUACAGCUCUGCUCUCGUCAUACAUGCUUGCUUCAGUAGCGCACGUCCUCUCGGAGUUUGGAGGUUUUAGUCUGAAAAUGACAACACUGCAGAUUGAGAAUGAGGUGGGAUCCAUGCGUGGGGCCGGUUCCUGCUUACAGGACUCCAUUUGUAAACUCUAGCCUUCAGAUUCAUUAUUCAUGUUGAAAUAAAAACUUCCUGAAAUCA